AUGCAGACAAUUAAGUGUGUAGUAGUGGGAGAUGGUGCUGUUGGUAAAACAUGCCUACUUAUUAGCUACACAACCAAUAAGUUCCCAUCUGAGUAUGUGCCCACUGUGUUUGAUAACUAUGCUGUCACUGUCAUGAUAGGAGGAGAGCCAUACACAUUGGGUCUCUUUGAUACUGCAGGCCAGGAAGACUAUGACAGGCUGCGGCCAUUAAGUUAUCCACAGACUGAUGUUUUCCUCGUUUGCUUCAGUGUAGUAAGCCCCAGUUCAUUUGAAAACGUCAAGGAAAAAUGGGUACCAGAAAUCACUCAUCAUCAACAAAAGACACCUUUUCUCCUUGUGGGCACUCAGAUAGACUUGCGAGAUGACGCAGCCACGAUGGAGAAGCUGGCUAAGAUAAAACAGAAGCCUGUCUCUUUGGAACAAGGUGAAAAACUAGCUAAGGAACUCAAGGCUGUCAAAUACGUUGAGUGUUCAGCUCUCACACAGAAAGGAUUGAAGAACGUGUUCGACGAGGCCAUAUUAGCAGCACUGGAGCCUCCAGAACCCGCCAGGAAAAAGAAAUGUGUGCUGUUGUAA